GGAUACGGACCCAGGCGUUCACCCCACCUCUACCCCCGCCCCCGCCAUCCCGGCCAGAUAAAGGGCCCGAGGCCCGGAGCGCAGAGAGACCCCGCCCCCUCGAGGAAAGAAGCCGGAGCCCCUGCAGGCCAGGGGCCAGCGUCACUAUGGGAUCGCCUGCAGCUCCCGAGGGCGCGCUGGGCUACGUCCGGGAGUUCACUCGCCAUCCCUCCGACGUGCUUGGCAACCUGAAUGAACUGCGCCUGCGCGGGAUCCUCACGGAUGUCACGCUGCUGGUUGGCGGGCAACCCCUGCGGGCACACAAGGCCGUUCUGAUCGCCUGCAGUGGCUUCUUCUAUUCAAUCUUCCGAGGCCGAGCCGGAAUUGGGGUGGAGGUGCUCUCCCUGCCUGGAGGCCCAGAAGCGCGAGGCUUCGCACCUCUGCUGGACUUCAUGUACACCUCUCGCCUGCGUCUCUCUCCUGCCACUGCACCUGCCGUCCUGGCGGCGGCCACCUACCUGCAGAUGGAACAUGUGGUCCAAGCAUGCCACCGCUUCAUCCAGACCAGCUAUGAACCUCUGGGCAUCUCUCUGCAGCCCCUCGUGACAGAACCCCCCACGCCACCAACGGCUCCUCCACCAGGCAGCCCCAGGCGCUCAGAAGGGCACCCAGACCCUCCCACUGAAUCCCGCAGCUGCAGCCAAGGUCCCCCAAGUCCAGCCAGCCCUGACCCCAAAGCCUGCAACUGGAAGAAGUACAAGUUCAUUGUGCUCAACUCCCAGACCUCCCAAGCAGGCAGCCUGGUGGGAGAGAGGAGUUCUGGUCAACCUGGUUCCCAAGCCAGGCUCCCCAGUGGAGACGAGGCCUCCAGCAACAGCAGCAGCAGCAGCGAGGAAGGCUCUGUUCCUGGUUCCCAGAGCAGGCUGUCUCUGUCUGCUGCCGCUGCCCAGUUCAAGUGCGGGGCACCGGUCAAUAUCCCCCGACUCCUCACUCCUCGGACUCUAGAGACCACUGGAUCACCCUCUGAGCGGACUCGCCCACCACCAGGAAGUGAUUUUUUCAGCUGCCAGAACUGUGAGGCUGUCCCUGGGUGUUCAUCGGGGCUGGACCCCUCAGCUCCUGGGGAGGAAGACAAGCCCUACAAAUGUCAACUCUGCCGGUCUGCCUUCCGCUACAAGGGCAACCUGGCCAGCCACCGCACGGUGCACACAGGGGAGAAGCCCUACCGCUGCUCCAUCUGCGGAGCUCGCUUUAACCGGCCGGCCAACCUGAAGACACACAGCCGCAUCCACUCCGGAGAGAAGCCCUACAAGUGUGAGACGUGCGGCUCGCGUUUCGUGCAGGUAGCGCAUCUGCGCGCGCAUGUGCUCAUCCACACUGGGGAGAAGCCUUACCCGUGCCCCACCUGCGGGACCCGCUUCCGCCACCUGCAGACGCUCAAGAGCCACGUUCGCAUCCACACGGGAGAGAAGCCUUACCACUGUGACCCCUGCGGCCUGCAUUUCCGGCACAAGAGUCAACUGCGGCUGCACCUGCGCCAGAGACAUGGCGCUACCACCAACACCAAAGUGCACUACCACAUUCUGGGGGGGCCCUAGUGGAGUGCAGGCCCACACCCC